AUGAACGCGACCUUGUCUCCCACCCAGCAAUCACCCAAGGUGCGACGGAAGCCGUCCGCUAGGCGCCCCCGGACAUUUUCACACCUUCCUCCUUACCAACAAACUCAAGAGACGCACGACGCAGCACUCAACGCUAUACGUGCAUUUCUGAGGGGUCGGAUAUCCUACGAUGCAUUUCCUGUCAGCUUCAGGAUCAUCGUCCUUGACACCAAGUUGGAAGUAAAGAAGGCACUCCAGUGCCUGCUGAACAACGGCGUUGUCUCCGCCCCGUUAUGGAAUAGCGAGAAGUCGUGUUUCGCCGGUAUGCUCACCGUAUCGGACAUUAUACACCUGAUACAAUAUUACUGGAAUACUUCCGACUACGCCAAUGUGGCUGCGGAUGUGGAGAGCUUCCGUCUGGAGUCCUUGCGAGAGAUAGAAAAGAGUUUAGGGGUUGCAACUCCUCCUUUACUACACGACCAUCCUUCAAGCACUCUUUAUAACGCUGCCAAGCUUCUCAUCCAGACCCAUGCACGCCGUUUACCUCUUCUGGACAAGGACUCAGAAACGGGCCACGAAGUUAUCGUCUCGGUGCUCACUCAGUAUCGAUUACUCAAGUUCAUUUCCAUCAACUGCAGCAAAGAGAUUUCGCAACUGUACAUGGGUCUCAAGAAACUGGGCAUCGGCACGUAUGCUCAAGUGACUCCUUCGAAGCCGGAAACUAUGGACGGCUCGAAGGAGCCGUAUUGGCCUAUUGCAACGGCCUCUCUGACAUCGUCCGUGUUCAACGUGGUCCAUAUGUUCUCUCAGCGAGGUAUUUCAGCCGUGCCCAUCAUUGACGAGGAUGGAAUCGUCGUCAAUCUGUACGAGACUGUGGAUGUCAUUACACUAGUCCGUCUUGGCGUGUAUCAGUCGCUCGAUCUUCGAAUAUCCGAGGCCUUGAAGCAGCGAUCUGCGGAUUUCCCUGGAGUAGUCAUAUGCACUGCAUCUGAUUCAUUGGGUACCCUCCUACAACUGAUCAAGAAGCGACGUGUUCAUCGAUUGGUAGUCGUUGAGGGCGAGGAAAAGAAAGGCGGUCGACGAGGUCGCUUGCUGGGGGUUAUAACCCUGAGCGACGUCCUUCGAUAUGUCAUCGGUGAAGUGGGCAUAGGGCAUUCCAUUUCGCAGGCCCAAGACAUGGAGGCCCCCAUGGACGAUGAUGCUACACCUCACGUGGAACAGUCCAAAGUGCUUUCGGAGCAAAGAGAGUCGGGAGAAUCAAACCGGGCACGCGAGGUUGAACCUAUCCCAGAAGCAGAAACGGAAGCUGCGCAGGAGGGCGAUGGUCACCGACCUUCUGCUCCCGAUGCAUCAUUCGGGCAUGCCACUGCAGAGUUUACCGCGGAUACCCCUGCCAGUCUCGACGCGUCCCCACCAGGUACCUCUGAAGAAAACCAGCCUUCGUAG